UGUGGCCACAUUGAACACGACCUCUAUGCGCGAACGUCUGACAUUUUGCGACGGCAACUGUACGGCAUAGUGGGUGAUCCGUUGUGUUUUGUAUUUUCGAGCAUACCCAAUCAUCAGUGCGGUGAUACGACUUCGUGAUUAAUGUGGCCUCAUGACGGUGGGCAAGAUGUAGACUGACAUCGUUUUUACUGUUGAAGACAUUGUCGGCGAAGAGGAACGAAUCCACAUGAGGGAAUAGUACGGGCCGCGACUUUUCUUACAACCCAUAUCGAUCUUUUCACAGGCGAUGCAUCUCUCUUGGCUGUCGUUCUAUGUUUGUAAACUGUUGACCUUGCCUGAAAAAGAUCGGUGAAACAUUCUUGAUCGCCGAAUUAUUACGAUCAAGAAUGGAAAUCGUCGGCGACUACGAGUACAACACAAAAGAUCUGAUAGGCCACGGCGCAUUCGCUGUGGUCUUUAGAGGUAGACAUCGUAAAAAACCAAAUUUUGUAGUGGCAAUCAAAAGUAUCACUAAAAAAAGUCUGGCAAAGUCACAGAACUUGCUUGGGAAGGAGAUUAAAAUUCUGAAGGAACUAACAGAAUUGCAUCAUGAAAAUGUUGUAGCAUUAUUGGAUUGUAAGGAAUCUAAUCAUAAUGUCUUCCUGGUUAUGGAGUAUUGUAAUGGCGGGGACUUAGCUGAUUAUUUAAGUGCAAAAGGUACUCUUUCUGAAGAUACUAUCAGAGUGUUUUUGAAGCAAUUAGCAGGUGCAAUGAAAGCACUGCAUGCCAAAGGUGUAGUACACAGGGAUCUUAAGCCACAAAAUAUUUUGGUCAGUCAUAAUUGUGGUAAAGCUUGUCCACAGCCACAUCAAAUAACAUUAAAAAUUGCGGAUUUUGGUUUUGCUAGAUUUUUACAAGAUGGAGUUAUGGCUGCCACUUUAUGUGGAUCACCAAUGUAUAUGGCACCUGAAGUUAUAAUGUCACUUCAGUACGACGCAAAAGCAGAUCUCUGGUCACUAGGAACAAUAGUUUUUCAGUGUCUAACUGGAAAAGCGCCGUUUCAAGCUCACACGCCUCAAGCGUUGAAAUUGUUUUAUGAGAAAAAUGCAAAUCUUGGACCUAAGAUUCCACCCGGAACGUCGCCUGAGCUAUCAGAUCUUUUGAUGGGUCUUUUACGGCGAAAUGCCAGAGAUCGUAUGCCUUUUGAUGAAUUUUUUGGGCAUCCUUUCCUCCAAGGUUCUAGAGAAAGCCCCAGUCCAGUUCCUGCUGAACUACCUGCUUCUCCAGGAACAUUAGUAAUUCAAGAAGGAGCAACAGCUGUUACAAGAUCAGAACCAGAGACAACCAGUCUGUGUUCCAGUCCUGAAGAUGAUUUUGUGCUUGUGCCAAGUGAUCUCAGCAGUGACACAGACAAUAAUCCUAACACGCAACAAGUUAAGUAUGUUAAACAAACGAGCAGAGAAGCAGUGAGUCCACCGAGACCGUGCUUUCUUCCGAUAUCGGAACCAAUUCCUGUUCCAUCUCAGAGAAGUAUUGCACAGCCCCCAUCUCCUUCUACCAAUACAAGGUCUGGAAGUAGUGUUGUUCCACGUUCUCAACCUAUUAGUAUGAAACGCGGCGUAGAUUCUCAUAGAAGUCAUGCUCCCGAUAUUGGCUCCCUUAGUCCACCUAGUGUUCAAUUCGUCAUUGGUACACCACCCAGCAGAAGAUUAAGCGAAACACCUCCACCCCCAAAUACAUGGCAAGUGAGUCCUGUUGCAAGACAUUCGCACACCUCUAGUGGAACGUCGCCAUUACGACGUUCGUCUGGAAACAAUAGUGCAUCUUCGCCACUACUAACAGGGCCCUUGGCAGUAUUGGGUUCACCUACGUCGAGAGCAUUUCAAGAUAACAACAACACAUUAAGGCAUUCACCCGUGAUUCCCUUUGGUACAAGGGCUGUCACUCUUCCUGAAAUAUCUGAAGCAGGAAGUUUCCAAAAUCUUCUACCAGAUAUAAAUCCAACGAUAACGGAUGAUCGUCCAUUGACGUUCAUUGCACCCGAGCUCCCAGAAGAAACACUUUUGGAACGCGAACACAACGAAAUAUUAGCGAAGUUAAACUUUGUUGUUGCACUGUGUGAAUGUGUAUGCGAGGUAGCAAGAACGAGAGCAGGACCUCUGGGCGCGCCUUUAGGCGGCAUUGAGCAAGCGAGUAAUGCCGCGACAAGAAGAAGAGCCGAACAAGUAAUUCUACUUGUCAGAGCUCUUCAGUGGCUUAGUUCUGGAUUGAGUCUUGCAAUUCAACAACUGAAGGCUGGCAGAUUACAACCGACUGCUACUGUUAAAGAAGUUGUGAAUAUAAUGAAUGAGAAAUUCAAAUCAUGCCUCUCAGAAUGUAAGCAGCUCAACAGUGCUGGGCUUCUUCAUCAGACAGGAGCUACAGCAGACAAAAUCCUCUACAACCAUGCCAUACAAAUGUGUCAGUCAGCGGCGCUCGACGAAUUAUUUGGCAAUCCUGCAGAAUGUUUCCAGCGAUAUCAUACAGCGCAGAUAUUGUUGCACUCUUUAUCGCAGCAUGUCAGUCACAGUCAAGAUAGAGCUCUCCUUAUUAAAUACAAAGAUGCUGUUGAAAAACGUUUGUACGUUCUUCAACAACAAGGUUACAUUUACGCAACAGAUCCUACAUAGCGCUUGUGAAAAACGACAGCAGAGUGCAGCGACCCGCCCAAGCCCGUACCGUAUUCAAUUCCUCUCUUGUGUAAGAUAUUCUGCCCUAUUCUGUAUAAAAGAUGUUAAUUCAUUGAUCAUACUACGAAAAUGACAUUGUAGAAAUAAAAAGCAAAACUAAGAUUUAAGCGUAAUAUAGUAAGUAAA